AUGUUUAUGCCUGCAAUAAGCACUAGUCCUCCUACUGAUUCUAUUAAGGGUACAUCCAGAAAGUUAUUGAACACAGGUGACUUAUCACAACUGGAAAGAUUAUUUCCCAUCGCUUGGGCUUUCUGGUAUAGACAAAACAAGUUGAUUUAUGAGCAAUUAAAAGAGAAUCUUGUAGCUAUUAUCAAUCAUGCAUUAAGUCUUCAGAACCCAACCUCAUCUUUCAGGAACACUCCAAAUUCGACACCUACUCCUUGCUGGAAUGUCCCUCCAACAAGUUUUUUCAAACUCAAUGUAGAUGGGGCAUUGUUCUAUGAUAAUCAAAAGGCAGGUGUGGGGGCUGUGGUUAGGGAUGAUCAUGGUCAAGUAAUAAUGGCAGUUAGUAAAACAGAACCAGAGGUAUCGAAAGCUGAAUCGGUGGAAUUACUUGCAAUGCUUAGAGGGUUACAAUUUAGCUCUCAAAUGGGUUUGUCCAAAAUAAUCCUUGAAAGUGAUUCCCUAAUUUUAGUGGAAGCCUUGCAAGUAGAGGGGGAAUCCUUAUUAGUAUUAGGCAAUCUCAUUUCUGAGGUGAAAAGAAUGCUUCAUCAGUUUCAAGAGGCCAAGGUACAACAUGUCCCACGCAUGGGGAACCAAGUAGCUCAUUGCUUGGCAAGGCAUGCUUGGAGAGUACAAGAUGUGGAAUUAUGGAUGCAUUCUUUUCCUGAUAUUAUUGCACAACAUGUUUGGUUGGACAAUUCUCUAGUGUAA